CUUUUAUUCCUUGCUUCUUCGUUCUCUUCCGCCUGUGCCUUUGGGCCAGUGGGAGUGGGUGUGGGUGAUAUCUGUACUUUAGCCUUUAACUUUUCGGGAGUCGUGCGGGGGAAGGACAUGGCUGAUGGUCAGUGCCUGCGACCCUUGCGGCCACUGUCGGGCUUACGCAGGGUGCUGCAGGAGCUGUCCCCGACAACUGCAAAUCCCCGGCCAGGGGCGCACUUGAGCAACGGCAAGCGACUGCCCAGCAAAGCCGAGCUGUUCGCCUUGGCCAGAACGGGCGAGGGCAGCGACCUGCUGUUGGCACUCAGCCUGGCCGCGUCGAGCUAUGCCGACCAGGACGCUCGCAGCCCUUCGCCGACGACCCUGUCGACAGUGUCAUCACCUCCGUUGCGGAAGUUGUUGAGCGGCGUUUUCAACGUCAGGCGCGCUCCGAUCGACGCCGAGCUGCACGUCGAUGCCAUUGCGGACGAAAAGGGGGAAACCCUUCUGCACGUCGCCUGUCAAUCCGGCCAGACGGAGGUAGCGCAAGUGCUUGUGCAGCUGGGCGCUGACUUGCGCGCGCGCUCCGCAGUGACGACAACGGCCCUUACGCAUUACAACACCAAACACAUGUGUCGUGACUCCGUGAGCAUGACGGCGAGCGGCAGCCAGAAAGAUCGCAGGCAUAGUAUUAGCUGCGGUGGUUACGUCAACAGCACAGGAACUGCUACGGAAAGUACCCCUAGCUGCAAUGUUGCCACGGGGCGUGACUUGCGAAGGACAAGCAGUGAGAAUGCAAGCGCUGGUGACCAAACACCACAGGGUCUUGUCAUUGAGCACGGUGGGCAGACGUCGUUGCACUUUGCCGCUAGGUCUGGGCAUGUCCAGCUGGUGCGAUGGAUAUUGCGGCAACGCCCACCCCCGGCGUGGAGUUCCGACGCGUGUGUCCACAGCCUCACGUAUGAUGAUUUGUUGAAUAGCAGAGCUGGCGACGGGUCCACACCGCUGCAUUGCUGCCUGGACUGGCGUGCCGAAGACCUCGUGGGCCCAUCGCAGGCGUCCGAGCGGCAACUGAGCACGCUCAAGGAGCUCCUGGCCGGCGGUGCGGAUCCAGACGCGGCCAGCGGCUCACGACGUCGCUGGUGCAGUGCGUUGGGCAGGCGCUCUCAGUGUCUUAAGUGGCGCCUGACCGCCGGCCUGACUCCGCUGCACUGCGCCGUGGAUCGCGGCGACGUGGUCGCCGUACACUGCCUGCUGACGACGGCCACGGGCUGCCAUGUCGACGCUCGAACGCGUUGCCACGGGAGCACGUGCGAUGCGGGACGCACGGCGCUUCACUUCGCCGCCGAGCAGCUGAACGUGGAGUGCGUCGCGGCGCUGCUCGACGCUGGCGCGGACCCAAACGCGCUGGACAUUCACCAAGCGUCGCCCCUGCACUGCGCACUUUCUCCGGCCCACGACCUGCUCGUCAACACGUUCGCGUCGUACAGCAGGCGUGCGGCGGCUCAUUGUGUCACCAGUGCCGAGUCUCUUCGCUGGCUCGAUGCCGACGAGUGCGAGGAUUUGGCCACGGCGAGGACGGCCGUCGUGCAGCUGCUUCUGGAAGCUGGAGCAAGUCGAUACACCAACGCGAGCUGCCGUGCGGCGCGGGACCCGUGCCUGGCCCAGCAUCACCGCGGUAGUACUGGGUACGCUGUACGUUCCCCUGGCUGCCCAAGCCUGUGCAACGGCGACGGCCACGGGGGAGAUUUUUGUGCGGUGUCUCCCGUCGACUUGGCCAUGGCUGACAGCUGCCUCGGCGGUCGGGAGGUGCUCAUGCUGCUCGGCAAGUGCUUUGCGCGGCCGCCGACUCUGGCAGUGCUGUGUAAGCGAGUGGCCAGGGCUCUACAGAGGCAGCAGUCUGUACGUCAUAGCCAGUGCCAACAAUGUAACCCAAAGCAGCAGCAGCAGCAACGACAGGAGGAACGGCAGGAGCAGCCAGAGAAGCAGCAGCAGCAGCAGCAACAACAACCAGAGCAAGGGCCUCAGCAACCAGAUGAUCGGCAGGAGCAACCAGAGGAGCGGCAGCAGCCAGGGAAACAGCAGCAGCAGUCAGAGGAACAGAAAACCGAGGAGCAGAAACCUGAGGAACAAAAACAAGAGGAGCAGAACCAGCAGCCAGUGGACCAGUGAGAGCAGCCAGAGGAGCAGCAGCACGAGCGGCCAACAGUGGCACCGGGGACAGCAACAGCAGGAUGGAUGCCAAUGGAAAGCUUGGCACCAGUGCCGAUGUCUCGGAGAUGAACACCACUACCCAUCACGAACGGCACGUACAUUUUCUAGUUGCACCCGUGCAGUUCGACCCAUACCUUCAGAUCCAUCUGUGGCUGUCUAACAACCAUGCCGCGUGGACCAGUAGGCAGUACUUCCAAUCAUGUGUUCUAGUGUUGGUGGACAGAGAAAAGAAACUGUUGAGCUGCUACAGGGAGGUUGGAAGGUAUCUUAGGGUGGCAAGGUCAUCUAUCUGAAUGACCCCCAAUAGCGCCCUCCCUGACAAUUUAGAGCCAAAAGCAUUACAUUUUUUAUUAAUUGGCCGGUUUCCUGGAAUAAAAGUGGCUUGGGUAUAAUAUUACCGUAGUGACUGUAGCAUGUCCGACGCCCUUGCAUUGACAGUGCUACUACUCUGUGACUGAGCGCUGCGGACUUCCUCCAUCUAUUUAUGUUAUAACUUAUCUUUGAGACACCGGCGGGUCUGCUAGCAGGAGUCUGGAGUCACAGUAGAUGUACGAAG